AGUCAGUCGAAACUUUGACAGGCACGGAAGAGGAUACAAGCAAGCAAAAACACAAGACAUCCUCUACCAUACUAUUUGGAUAUGAAAAUGCACGAGUGUCGAUAGCAUUUCGCGACAGUGUGAUGUUCGAUAUGCGGUGCUGCUGUCAGCGAUCGCUCGCAGUUCAGACGCAACUUGCAAACGCGCAGUUCAUUGAGUGACAGGUAAGCAGUUUGUCAGACAUGGACCAUAAGGAUGUAUUCGCAGCAUUGCAGACAGUCUGUUCAGAUGUUAUCUUGGCUCUCAAUGGAUCCCCCGGCAGUCCUUCACAUGUGGACGCUACGAACCGUCUGUUGGGGGUGAUGAGGCAGGUUCAGGAACAUGGUCGGGCUGUUGAACCCUUGAUCACUGGCUUUACUACUGUCUAUCACCAUUUUGAUUUGGAUGCGCAGACGCCCGGCAAUGGAUAUCGGACCUUAGUCAAGGUGGUCCAUUCCUGCGUCAUCCACAUCAUCCAGAAGGCCCGUUACAUCGCAUCAAACUGUACUGGAGCGUUUUUCCGGUUGGACCAUAAUGUGACAGAAGUGGAAGCAUACUGUAGUGCCCUGUGCCAGCUGCGAGCGUUACUUUACCUGGCACAGAUAUUACUCAAUGACAAUGCCCACGGUGAGCUCUAUUCACAGGACGAAGGGGGUUUAAGCAAGAGGUUUGUGCAAGAGUACAUCUCCAUGCACAAAGCUUGUUUCUAUGGCCGCUGCUUAGGCUUCCAGUUUCCCCCCUCUCUCAGGCCUUUUCUACAGACAGUGGUCAUCAGUAUGGUGUCCUUUGGUGAAAACUACAAGAAACAGCAAACUGGGCUUGGCAUGGCUGCUCUUUCUUUCUUCACAUCGGGCAAAUAUGUGGUGGACCCUGAGUUGAGGGGGGAAGAGUUUGAGCGCAUCACUCAAAAUUUAGAUAUGCAGUUUUGGAAAACCUUUUGGAACCUUACUGAGUCUGAGCUAUUAUCAAGUUUGACAAGGAUUUCUUCCAGUGUGGUGCAAGUGAAUGUAACAUUAACUGUGCCAGCUGAAGGUCUGAGUUUGCCACUGGCCUCUGACCCCAAUCUCUCAGUCGCUGUGAACCCUCCACUUGCACACUGGGGCCCUGGGCCAGUCAACGUGCGCUUGAUCUCACACACACUCCGACAAGGACAGGACAGUGCAGAACUGUUAGCACUUUCUCGUCCUGAGGGGCCUCAGCUGUCUCUGCCGGGGAGUUUCAAUCGUCAGACAGCUCCUCUUUCUCCUUGCCUGAUCAUACACUUCCACGGAGGAGGCUUUGUAGCACAAACUUCAAAAUCACAUGAGAAUUACUUGAAGAGCUGGUCAAAGGAUCUGAAUGUGCCUAUUCUCUCUGUGGAUUACUCAUUGGCUCCAGAGGCCCCGUUCCCCCGGGCUCUAGAGGAGUGUUUCUAUGCUUACUGUUGGGCCUUGAAGAAUUGCCAUUUGCUGGGCUCGACUGCAGAGCGGGUUUGUCUGGUGGGAGACAGUGCAGGUGGUAACCUGUGUAUAACCGUCUCUAUGAGGGCAGUGUCUCAUGGUGUACGCGUUCCUGAUGGGAUUGUGGCAGCGUAUCCAGCAACUCUGCUGACAACAGACGCCUCACCAUCUAGACUACUCACUUUAAUCGACCCUCUGCUGCCUUUGAUUGUGCUCUACAAGUGCAUCGAUGCCUAUGCUGGUGCGAAUUGUCAGUCAGUACAGCCGGCUCAGCAUUUAGACACCCUGACUGCUUUGGGACAGGACACUGUAAAGAUGUUGAGUAACUUCGCCCAAGGAGCGUCAAAUUGGAUUCAGACUUUCAUAGAUCCAAAGGCACCACCAUCAUCAAAUGGUGCGACUACAUCAUCAAAUGGUCCUUCACCUUCCAAGUCACAUCCUGUUAAGAGACCACAGGAGGUCCAAGAUUACCCAGAAAAUUUUGAGCCUCUACGGUCUAGAUGUCUGGCGGAUAUACAGACACCUCGCACACCAAUAAUGAAGAACCCAUUUGUUUCUCCAUUACUUGCUCCUGACAAUCUUCUCAAGGGCCUUCCGCCAGUGCAUAUAGUGGCCUCUGCUUUGGAUGCCCUGUUAGAUGAUUCAGUGAUGUUUGCCAAAAAGCUGAGGAAUAUGAACCAGCCAGUGACGCUCACUGUGGUUGAAGAUCUCCCUCAUGGCUUCCUGAGCCUAUUUCAGUUCUCCAAAGAAACCCAGGAAGCAGCAGAUCUAUGUGUGAAACGAAUCAGAGAAGUCUUCCAGCAAGAGGAACUACCUGCUGAUAAGAGGCAGCCAGGGCUUAAUUAGACCACAAAGGUCUAAGAAAUUACAGUGAAUACAUCUAAAUAAUAAAUAAAGUGAAAGGUUCGAAACCCUAAAUUAGGGGAGUCCAUCCACCAGCUCAACUCCUGGAAACAACUGUAGAUCCAGCUUGCAGUACCAACAACAUCAUCAUCAUAUCUGCUAAGGCUUAAUAUGCAGUCUUGCAUCAGAGUGAUUCAUUUUUAGAUGUUCGCAAUGACCAUUCACUGUUCUGUUCUGCCCUAACAGAAUGUCUAAGCAUCCACCAAAAUUUCACCAUUGUGCCUGUAGUGAUGCAAUAAGAUCUAAGUUGCUUUUGCACUGCAAACCAACACUUUUUUUUAAGCAACUGCACUGUGGCUUGUUUUUCUUGUUUUUAGCUAAAAUCCAGUGGUUUGAAUGUUUAAACGUAGGGGUGUCAAACACACAGCCUUACUUUCUUUCAUUUAAUUUAACCCUUGUUCUGUUUAAAACCCUGUUCAAAUAUGACCAGCCUUUUAAAACUGC